AUGAUCGUGCCGACUUCGAUUGUGGUUUUGUUGCUGGUUUCAGAGCUGUACAUUCAUUAUCAAAGACGACGCAAAACUCGCCGGCAACGUCAGAGGGGUGUCGAAUGGGCAGACUAUUUGAAUGUGCAAAGACAUAUUCUGACAGAGAUUGCAAGUGGCAAAUCCAGCUCAAACUAUAAGGCUAUUGUUACUGCAAUAAUGACGAUUAUUAAGAAGACAGACGAAAGAGUGAUCAUGCGAUGUCAUCGACUGAAGACAAGGGAUGAAAAAAGACACAGUCGUGGAAUCGGCACAUUGUUGAUUUUC